GCUGCUAACAUAUCUUCAGCCAUUUUCUAUCUAGCGGUUAUAAAAGACGCCGUCUGUGGACAAGUAGUGCCAAUGAGAUAUUUGUUACGCACACCUUGUUGCAAUGAAGGGGUUUCGAAAUACCGAAAUCAAAAUCCAAGACGUAAGGGUCAAAAAAGUGGAAUGUUGGACGCUCUAAUUUUGGAAUUAUUAGAAGUUUCCCAAGAGAAAGUUAUACCGUCCCCUGGUCAUAAUAAGCCGGAAUCAUUGAUAACAUUCCCAAUGAUGGGAGACAAAGAUGGUAAAUCGUUUGCAGAAAGUUUACCGUCGGGUAUGACAUUAAAUCAAAUUUUGGAGGCAUCGUCACAAAUUCUAGAUCAAAAGCAGAUUGAAACAAACCCAGCCUUACAACAAAUUUCUGCAUUUCUUGAGGUACCUGAUUCUAAAAGAACAGAGGAUAAUGUUGGACGCCGUAUAUCUGCAACUAUUGUGGAUGGUGGAAAUUCGAACACUCCAGAAGCUCAGAAAUCUUACGCGUGUUCUCGACUUCAGUGUUUGCCUUCAGAAAGCAAACAUACAGUAUGUGCCUGUAAUUUCAAAACCGGCAAUGUAGUAUCGUUCAAGAAUGAGUGUGAUCUAAGAAAACACAAUUGCAGAUACGACACAGAAUUCAAAACUAUAUUGAACGAGGUCUGUCCAUGGGAAUUUGAAAGCAGAAGAGGCAAUGACCGUCCUCAGUUCGAGUACAAUCUCCAAAAUUAUUUUAACAAUCCAAUACAAUAAAUUAUAAUCAGCAAUAAUCGGUUAUGUGUUACUUAUUUAAAUUUAAUGUUUCUUUUGUGUAUUUUGAUGUUACUAAUAUAUUCAAUUAUUC